AUGAACGAAAUCUACAACGCUAUAGCAACCACCGAAGACCGUUACUGGUGUAGGUUUUGUCUUCAUGUACUGCUGGCAAUUAUCACUGCUCCUUACCGUCGAACCUUCAAGCUGUACACAUGGAGACCGCUGAAGGAGAUGCGCGCAGCACAUGGCGAUCGUAGCGUGUUGAUCCCUCUGAUACGGCAGUGGAAGGUAGAAAAGUAUGAGGAAUUGCGGUCAGUACAAGUCUCUGCAAGCUUCUGUGCCGGAGCUGCACUCACCGGUAUGCCCUGGUCCAAAACCUCAGAUGCUCUCUGGAUCGCAAAUGCACUCUUCGUCAGCUGUCUCCUUUGCGCUAUCUGGGCCAUCAUUUCUUCGAUUCAGACGAAGUCUAUCCUUGACGACUUGCCAGCGAAAGAAGAUCUCGAUACCAGCCUUGCAGAUGUUGAAGUAACACGCGUCCAGCGUACAAUUCUGCGGUACAAACGUACUCCUGCCUUUCAACACUGGGUCAUGCUGUUCAUCUGGCAGUUUCCUUCGAUGACCAUGGCCUACUCAUGGGUCACCUUUCUCUCAGCUCUUACUGUGCGUAUAUGCGAACCUUUCAUCCGGCGGUCACCGUGGUCAGACCAGAACAAGACAGCCAUAGUCUAUCUCGUGAUCGGUCUUCUCGGUCUAGCUACCUACAUAUUCACUGCCGUCUUCGUGUACAUAAGCGAAAAGGAUCUUGAGCAUUAUGUCUCAGGUGCGACCACGAAGGGAGGUCCAAAAACCAGCAAACACACCCAUGCGCCUGCAUUACCCCCCACACUUCCAAAUAUUGCAAGGACAUUCGGUAGCAGCAAAGGCAGCGUUUCUUUCGAGCAGUUUCGCAAGGAUGGCUUCGUUGAGAUCGAUCUUGAGCGUCAGGGAGAAACAGAGACGAUAACGAUCAUGGAAAGGCUCGAGCCAAAGGGUCUGGUAACGUCUGCGCCCACGCAACAACGGACGCGACAGGUCUCUACCAACGUCCCAGACUUCGUGCUGAAGUACGCACCCAUCCUUCAUCUACACAGCGAGGAAACGCAUUUCCCAACAGACCUGUCAACAUUUCUCACGCACGUAACACCGCGCGUCAAUUAUACCGCCGUACCCGAUGCUCCAUACCCGCUUAAGCUUUCCAAUCUCAACCAGCUUAGCCCCGAAGUGUAUCUAACGUCCAACGACGACGUUACCACCGACCCAGGAUGGCUCAAAGGAACAGCGCCAGACGCCAACGAUUCCACUAUCGGAAUCACCUCAGCUAUCAUCGUGAACAAGAAAAACGACAGCAGUGUAGACGUUUUCUACUUCUACUUCUACGCCUUCAACCCCGGUACUUCAGUCCUCGGCCUCCCAUUCCUAAACUUCGGUAACCAUGUAGGCGAUUGGGAACACGCAAUGCUGCGCUUCCCCACUCCCACCUCCCCACCCUCCGCCAUCUGGUACUCACAGCACGCCAACGGACAAGCCUUCCGGUAUUCCGUCGUCGAGAAAGACACCGACGGCAUCAGACCCGUUGUGUACGUAGCCAAAGGCAGCCAUGCGAACUAUGCUAUUCCAGGGACGCAUUCACACGUCAUACCGAACCUCAACCUGCCAUUCGGCGCGUUGGAAGACUAUACUGAUAAGGGAAGACGAUGGGAUUCGCUGGGGAGCAAGUAUGUGUAUCGGUAUGAUGCUGGUAGUGGUACGUUCACUGCUUACGGCGAUGCACCGGUGGAGUGGUUGGAGUGGAAGGGCAAUUGGGGAGAUGAAGAGUACCCGGAUAGUGAUCGGAGGCAGGUGGAUUUGUUUGGACAAAAGAAGUAUGUCGAUGGGCCGACGGGGCCGGUGGAUAAACAGUUGGAUAGGAAAGAGGUAUGUCCUGAUAAUGGGAUCUUGUGUAUACUUAGAAGUGCGCUUGUGCCUAGGGAUGUUGGGGAUGGGGAGGCGAAUGUUGGUUGGAAGGACGUUGAAGGUUGA